AUGGUGGGCGUACCACGCAGUAAAGGCUGCCUAGCCUGUAUCCAACGGCGGAUCAAGUGCGACGAAUCGCGCCCAGCGUGCCAGCGCUGCCAAAAAAAGGGUACGUCAUGCCCUGGAUAUAUCAGGGAUCGGAAAUUCCACUUCUAUUGCAGGAGCGAAAAUGAAUUGGGACUCAAGUCGACCUCUGAUCAGCACCAACUGAUGCUCGCUUUCCGUACGCCAAUCGAUGCUACGGUGGCGCCGAGCUUGGCCGGCAAGGUCAUAGCUCAGCGAUACCGUGAGGGCUUCUGUGAUUUCGUGGAAUCCUAUUUUCCUGGCCAGUUCUUUGGCUAUAGCACUCGUGUUGGUACGAACUGGUUCGAUGUGGUUCAUAACUAUCAGGAAGCCGCUGGAAAGGCACUUGAUCUGGGUCUACGUAGCCUUGGUGCUCUACAUAUUGGUCGCUCACAAGGCGAUGACCGAUUGGGCCUUGCUAGCCGAGAGAUGUACGGUCAGGCAUUGAACCAGCUAGCACGCACCUUGAGAAAUCCGGCCUUGGUGACCGCAGAUAAUACUCUCGCUGCGGCUAUUCUUCUCGGGGGAUUUGAAAUGUCAUGCUCGACGGGACAAGAGUCGUGGAUGCUACAUUCACGUGGCAUUUCGAAUCUUUAUCAGAUACGUGGAGCUCGGACUCAUGUUGAAGGGCUUGGCCGGACACUUCUCUCAUCCUUCCGAGGCUUUCUCGUAUAUGAAGCGCUCGUCCGCGGCGAGAGGUGCUUCUUAGAAGACGAGGAGUGGAGGUCGAUAAUUCCUGACAUGGUCAACGAGGAAAGGCGGCGUGGCAAAUUUAGUCGGCUCGGCGAGUUGAUUGAAUAUUCAUUUCAUGAAAUAGCUCGCUGUCCAGGCUUUCUUUCGACAACACGGGCUCUAGUUGCAUCUGCGAAUACGACAGACCGUGAAAGAGAGCAACUUAUGACUUCAAUAUCCGAUUGUCAAAGGGCACUUCUCGAGUAUCACUCCGAAGGGAUUGCUGCCAUGAAUGCUAGUCAGCAACCCAAUAAUAAAGACGGUCAUGGUUUUUUCGGGCCAAUUCCCAGUCAGAUUCAAGUGACAUUCGGAGACUUCUCUCUACAAGGAAUGAGUUCAGCCAUUGCUCUACUCCAGCAAUUACUUGUGGUUUUGAAGUCCAACGGUUUACGCCAGAGAACUUUGCAAUUUCCAAGCAUUCAGCAGCAGAAAACCGAAUUAGAAAAUGCGAGCUAUCCGUUGAUGAUGAGAUCGAUCAAUGGAGGGAGAUCCUAUGGGACGCUCCCCGGACCCCAACAAAAAGACUCACCGCAUACCUGGUUGGAUCGAGUCUCUAUGACAAUGGGCAUGUUACAGGAGGCCGCAACGUUCUCUUUUUAA